AUGCUGGGGAAAGGGGUAGUCGGCGGUGGCGGCGGCACCAAGGCGCCGAAGCCCUCCUUCGUGUCGUACGUGCGCCCCGAGGAAAUUCACACAAAUGAAAAGGAAGCAACCGAGAAGGAAGUAACUCUUCACUUGUUGCCAGGUGAACAACUGCUGUGUGAAGCCAACACAGUCCUGAAGUGUGUCCAGGAAGAUUCCUGUCAGCGUGGAAUCUACGGGAGGCUUGUCUGCACAGACUUCAAGAUUGCUUUCUUGGGCGACGAUGAAUCUGCCCCGGAUAAUGAUGAAACGCAGUUUAAGAAUAAGGUCAUAGGAGAAAAUGACAUUACCCUCCACUGUGUUGAUCAGAUUUAUGGAGUGUUUGAUGAGAAGAAAAAGACUCUCUUUGGACAGCUGAAGAAGUACCCUGAGAAACUCGUCAUCCACUGUAAGGACCUCCGGGUAUUCCACUUCUGUCUGAGGUACACAAAAGAAGAGGAAGUCAAAAGGAUUGUCAGUGGCAUAAUUCAUCAUACCCAGGCCCCUAAACUGCUUAAACGAUUGUUUCUGUUUUCCUACGCGACUGCAGCACGAAACAAUCCAGCUACGGACCCCAAGAAGCACGCCAUAAUGUUUGACACACUUCAGGACUGGUUUCGGGAGCUGGAGCGGACCAAAGGCAACAUGAAGUACAAGGCAGUGAGUGUCAAUGAAGGCUAUAAAGUCUGUGAGAGGUUGCCGGCAUACUUUGUCGUCCCUGCCCCUCUUCUCGAAGAGGACAUAGCGUUCUUCCAGGGUCGUGGCAUACCAAUAUGGUGUUGGUCCUGCCACAACGGAUGCGCCCUCUUGAAAAUGUCGGCCCUGCCCAAAGAACAGGAUGACGGCAUGUUGCAGAUCCAGAAGAACUUCGUGGAUAGGAUUUACAAGACUGUCCACAGGCCCCCCUAUGAGACUGCUAAAACUGAAGACCUCUCAAGCAACUUCCUGUCCCUGCAGGAAAUCCAGAUGGCUUACUCUAAGUUCAAACAGCUGUUUCUGAUAGAUAACAGUACUGAAUUUUGGGACACAGACAUCAAAUGGUUUUCCCUGCUGGAAAGUAGCAGCUGGCUGGACAUAAUCAGGCGCUGCCUGAAAAAAGCAGUAGAGAUUAUAGAAUGUCUAGAAGCCCAAAACAUGAACGUUCUUCUUUUAGAGGACCACGCCUCCGACCUCUGCUGCCUCGUUUCUUCUCUGGUGCAAGUGAUGAUGGACCCCCACUGUCGAACCAUUUUCGGUUUCCAGAGCCUUGUCCAAAAGGAGUGGAUCAUGGGUGGGCACUGCUUCCUGGACCGCUGCAACCACCUCCGUCAGAGCGACAAGGAGGAGGCGCCCGUGUUCCUGCUCUUCUUGGACUGCGUGUGGCAGCUGGUGCACCAGCACCCCCCAGCGUUUGAGUUCACGGAGACGUACCUGACCGUUUUGUCGGACAGCCUGUACAUACCUAUUUUUAGCACUUUCUUCUUCAAUUCGCCUCAUCAAAAAGAUAUGAACAUGGGCAGGGAGAGCCAGGACUCACAAAGCAAGCCUUUGAAUCUGCUCACCGUGUGGGACUGGUCCGUGCAGUUUGAACCCAAAGCCCAGACGUUGCUCACAAACCCUCUUUACGUGGAGAAGCCAAAACUGGAGAAAGCCCAGCGGAAAGGAACGCAUUUCAAACAUCAAAGACAACUUUCUCUGCCCCUCACCCAAUCGAAAUCAUCUCCCAAAAGAGGAUUUUUCAGGGAAGAAACAGAUCACUUAAUUAAAAACCUGCUAGGCAAGAGAAUCAGCAAACUGAUCAACUCCUCGGAGGAGCUGCAGGACGGCUUCCGAGAGUUCUAUGACGGCUGGCACAGCAGGCCCCCCAGCUACCAGGGGCUGCUGCUGCCUCACCUCGAGGGCCCGGAGAUCAAAGUCUGGGCCCAGCGCUACUUGCGCUGGAUUCCGGAGGCCCAGAUUCUGGGUGGCGGCGGAGUGGCCACCAUGAGCAAACUCUUGGAGAUGAUGGAGGAAGUCCAGCGCCUACAGGAGAAAAUCGAGGCGAGACACCACAGCCAGGAGGCCCUCCAGGCAGAGGCUGCCUCGCCACCGAGGACCUCGGGCCGCCUGUCCUCCUUGUUCCCUUUCGCGCUGCUGCAGCGCCAUCCCUCCAAGCCUGUCCUGCCCACCAGCGGGUGGAAAGCCUUGGGAGACGAAGACGACUUGGCCAAGCGAGAAGACGAGUUUGUGGACCUAGGGGACGUGUGA